CUUCUUGCAAGUUGUAACUCAUAUAACAGCGAGUGCUAGGGUUUAAGGGCUUAGCAUCGCAUUGGCAUUGGAGUUUGAGGAGUGAAAGACACGCCAUUUAAUCAAAGAAAGAUGUCCGUUUACCGCCUUCUCCUCCGCUCCCUCCGCCGUUCAUCCACCGCACAACCCAUCUUCUCUCUUACUCAAACACGCUCCUACGCCUUCUCCUCCGCCGAAGAAGCGGCCGCCGAGCGCCGCCGACGGAAGCGGAGGCUGCGCAUCGAGCCUCCCCUGAACGCCAUUCGCCCUCCGCCACAGCAGGGCCCUCCCCGGGACCCCAACGCCCCUCGCCUCCCCGACUCCACUUCGGCGUUGGUGGGACCUCGCCUCAGCCUCCACAACCGCGUCCAAUCCCUCAUCCGCGCCGGCGACCUCGACGCCGCCUCCGCAAUCGCCCGUCACUCCGUGUUCUCCGUGACUCGGCCCACCGUCUUCACCUGCAACGCCAUAAUCGCCGCUAUGUACCGGUCGAAGAGGUACGACGAGGCCAUCGCUCUCUUCCACUUCUUCUUCAAUCAGUCCAACAUCGUCCCUAACAUCGUCUCUUACAACAACGUCAUCAACACUCACUGUGACGAGGGUCGCGUCGACGUGGCUCUCGAAGUUUAUCGCCACAUCCUCGCCAACGCCCCUUUCAGUCCUUCCCCCGUCACCUAUCGCCACCUCACGAAAGGUCUCAUUCAAGCCUCUCGCAUCUCCGAAGCCGUUGAUCUCUUGCGCGAGAUGCUUACCAAAGGCCACGGUGCCGAUUCCUUAGUUUACAACAAUCUCAUUUCCGGCUUCCUUGAUUUGGAGAAUUUGGACAAAGCCAAUGAGCUCUUCGAUGAGCUUAAGGAACGGUGCUUGGUCUAUGAUGGUGUUGUCAAUGCCACUUACAUGGAAUGGUUCUUCAACAAGGGCAGAGAUAAGGAGGCCAUGGACUCCUACAAGUCCUUGAUGGAUCGCCAGUUUCGGAUGACCCCUGCAAGUUGCAAUGUGUUGUUGGAGGUGUUGCUUCGCCACAGCAAAGAAACGCAGGCUUGGGCUUUGUUUGAUCAGAUGCUGGCCAAUCAUACCCCUCCCAAUUUUCAGGCUGUCAACUCUGAUUCCUUUAAUAUAAUGGUCAAUCACUGCUUUAAGCUAGGGAACUUCCAUGAAGCUCUUGCAACGUUUAAGAAGGUCGGAACUAAGCCCAAUUCUAAGCCUUUUGCCAUGGAUGUUGCUGGGUACAAUAAUAUCAUUGCUAGGUUUUGUGAGAAUGGGAUGCUGUCUGAGGCUGAAACGCUGUUUGAAGAACUGUGCUCCAAAUCUUUGAGCCCUGAUGUGCCUACUCAUAGGAACUUGAUCGAAGCCUACUUGAAGAUGGAGAGGAUUGACGAUGCUUUGAGGGUAUUCAACAGAAUGGUGGAUGCCGGUCUAAGGGUGGUUGCCAGCUUUGGUAACAUGGUAUUUGAUGAAUUGAUUAAGAAUGGUAAAGCUGUUGAUUGUGCUCAAAUUUUGAGCAAAAUGGGAGAAAAAGAUCCCAAACCGGACCCCACUUGCUAUGAGGUUGUGAUCAAGGGGCUCUGUGCUGAUGGUUUGUUGGAUAGGAGCCGAGAUUUGCUUGACGAGGUUAUGAGGUAUGGGGUUGGGGUCACUCCUGCCUUGCGGGAAUUUGUGAUUGACGAUUUUAAGAAAGCUGGGAGGGGUGAGGAGAUUGAGAGACUGCUAGAUAUGAACAGAUUUGGAUACAGUCCUCGUCCACCGGCACCAAGACCUGCCUACCGUCCACCACCAGUAAGGUCCCCUUCUCAAGUGGCAGCAGCCCAUAACCCACCUUCUGGAAUUCCACCACCAGUGGCAGCACAGCAGCACCCAUCGCCACCUUCUCCUCAAAUGGCAGGAGUACAUAACCCACCUUCUGGCUUUCAAACUCAAAUGGCAGCACAGCAACGGCCACCCCCGCCUUCUUCUCAAAUGACACGCUCCUAUAACCCCCAUUCUGCUUCUCCACCCCAAGUGUCAUGGCAGCAGCACCACCCACCGCAACCUUCUCAGAUGGCAGGAGCAUAUAGCCCACCUUCUGGGCCUCCACCUCAAGUAUCAUGGCAGCAACGUCCACCGCUUCCUUCUCAACCAUCAUGGGGAGUGUCUCCUUCAAUGACUGGGCCUCAUAAGACAGCACCUGGACCACCUUUACCUCAUAUGUCAGGACAGCCCUACCGCCCUGCAUCAGAAUUUCCUCCUCACAUGACAGCACAGCAUAAUACACCAUCUGGUCCUUCUCUUCAAAUGGCAGGACAUCAACCUUAUGGACCACCGCGUUGGCCCCAACAGACGGCAGAACAACCAUAUGUACCAUCGGGAUUGUCUCCAAUGUCGGGGUCUUCUGUUCCUUCAUAUGGAGCAUCAGCUAAAAUGUCACCGCCAUAUCAUACAUCUCCAGGACCGCAUCACCCAUCAUCAGGAACCCCUCCUCACUUUGAGGAAUCACAUCAACAGCAAUCAGAAGUCCCUGACCAGGCAGCAGCUUGAUUUUUGUUGUUCAAGCCAAAUCCUAGUGCUAAUGGUUCUCUUUUGGAUUGAGAGAGCAGUUGCUUCUUGUGAUACAUUGCCAAAUCUUAAGCGUCUUGUGAUACUGAUUUCUUCUGUUCAGAAUCACUAGAAGGAAAAAGGAAAAAGUUUUUUGGCAUGACUGAAAUAUUGCUCGAGUUUUACACUUGCUUCAAGGCUGGUGUUACUUUGAAUAGGUGUGCCGGUGUUAAUCGAAAAUACAAAUUAAGCUAGAUUCUGGUGAUGAUUCAAGACUCUGGAUUGCCAAGUAUUCUACGUUUGCUCAUGUCCAAGGAAAUAUAUACUCAGAUGUCCAAGCAGCCAAGGGUAGAGAUUAGGUUAAAAACUAACAAGUAUAUUAUAUUACUCUUGCUUUUCAUCUCAUUGUUGUUAAUUACAGACCUUUUAAAAUAAGUUUUU